ACCACGAUGCACCCUGGGAGACUGUCUCGCAUUUCCUGAGAAGGCUGGAGCAUGUUUACUUCAUGCUGGCUGAACCGCUCACCCUAGAAAACUACAAGGCACAGUUUGGCGAGGAGAACCCUUUCGAUGCUGAAGACAUGAAGCAGCUGAGCGACUCCGAAACCUUCGAUUUCGAGUCCAUGCCACUUCCUCGGGUGGUUGGACAGGUUGGUGAUGAAGGGGAAGGUGGUCCUCGGAGAUACAGCACGUUUCCUUCCGGUUUGAAGCGUGUGUUUUGGGGCGAACCAGCCGACGACCAAUCGUAUGAUGACGGGGAGGAAGAGAAAGACUAUGAUCACGAACCUUCUGACAGGCUCCCUAUGGACCAUAGCACAAGGCAGAAUUACAGACUCUACUUCUUCGGCAAGCAUCACCGGUUCACGUCGGAGGAUGUCUGGGGACACAACAUCGUCUGGCAUUCGAGGAUAUUCCAACCUGCUGUGAAGAAUGGAAAGUGGGUCAUGGCAAUGAAGGAGGCCGAUGGCAAGUGGAGUGGAAUGAAGAGACUGGGAGCGGGUACAUUUAAGAGAACAGCGAGAGAUGCUUUAGUGGAGCAUUUGAGUCUUAUGAACCCCGAAAGGAGCGAUCCGGACGUCGUUGCGUAUGCAGAACAAAAGCUAAAGAAGUUGUACGCCAGCAAAAUGUUGGAGUUUCGAGUGCCUUUCUAUACACUCGAAACGGCCUUGUCUCGUGGCAUUGACUGGCGCAUGCCGCAACCUCCGUCGGGCGGUCAGCAUCCGAGAGGGGGUGGAGGAGGAGACGAAGGAGAGGGCGGAGGUGGCGGAGGAGACGGCUCACAGAUUGUCGGAAAGGGGACAGGCGAGACGUCAUCGGGAGAGAGGGCGUCCGGCGGAAAGGGGUCAGGCGGAAAGGACUCGGGCAGAAAGGGGUCGGGCGGGAAGGGGUCGGGUGGGAAGGGGUCGGGCGGAAAGCAUAGAACGUCCGGGAGUCCCCAGUGUAUGGAAACUGACCCCCACUACGUAGAGAGUCGAGAUUCCGACAUGCGAGACGAGGCCACCCUAAGGUCUGAUCAAAUGCGAGUAGAUUCGCACUUGUCUGCGAGGACUUUGUUUCCUGUUGCCGGGAAGAGUCCAUCCCGCCGUGCGCAGCAGAGGUCUCCUGUGCUCAACACCUUGCUCCCGAAAGAGGGCGCGUCUUUGUUUUACCUGGAGGGCGGGAUGCCUGUAUUGCGAAGGAGCGUCUUUGUUUUACCUGCCGCCAUAAGUGCUCCUCACGCGGCAGUUCCGCGGGCCGAAGAAAAUGUGACGUCCUGCCCCCCGCAUCUUCAGUUGGACACAGGGUUCCCCUGCUCACCUCCGUUCUCAUAUGUUGACACUCGAGACUGGUGGUCUCACGACAUGUUGGAGGGGGCCCCUGCAGGAGUGUUGGAGACCGGGCGUGGCGAGUGCGAACAUCAUGCUUCGGAGGGUGUGCCAAUCGACGUUGGCAGCAAGAGUGCAGCAGCUCGUGGGAAAGAGGAGCACUCUCCGGGAACGCGUGCUAUACAGCGGGAAGAGGAGACUCAACCAGCUCCGGGGGAAACGCAUGCUCUGCAGCGGGAAGAGGAGACUCAACCCUGGCCGGCUCGUGAAGUCCUGAAGGGGCUCGACGUUGGAGUGCUGGUGAUCGGGACGUCCGAAGAGGUUCUGCACAGUCGUUCGGUUGUGGCCACGACGAGAGAGGGUGUCGUCAAGGGAGGUCAGUGGACGUUCGUGCAAGCUCCCGUUUUUGGCGAUGAUGAAGGCGAAGAAGAACCCGCGGUGGAAGCUCGGGUUCAUGGUGAUGAGAAAGGCGGAGAACCCGUGGUGGAAGGCGGUGAGGGUGGUCGAGCGUCUGUCCUCAGCACUGCUCGGGGAAUGGUGCUUCAUGAAACCAUAGAGUUGGGGGACGACUCGGCUGCCACCGAGCUAGUUAGCGACUCAUGCGUGGCCGAGGUGCAGAACGUCGAAUCCUCCGUGGAAGGCGGUGAGGUGGCCGUCAGCAUCAAGAUGGAUCCAGAGCGGAAAGAUCAUGAUUCUCCGUCCACCCGUUGCGGUGCAGCACAGGGUGAUCGAGCAUCUGUCCUCAGUACGGGUCGGGAAAUGGUGCUUCAUGAAGUCAUUGACUUGCCUAGCUACUCAGCUGCCACAGAGCUGGUUAGCGACGUAGCCGUGGCCGAGGUGCAGAACGUCGAAUCGUCCGUGGACGUUGGCGCAGUGAUGCGACAGGAGGGCGAGUUCCCUCAAAGGGCUCCCGAGCACGGUAAGAUUUGUGAAUAGGAAGGAGCACUCGCAUAUCUGUUACUAGCCAGCACUGUGUUCGUCCAAAUUGAUGUGAUGGGCUCAUGCACCUUUUGC